AUGGAGAAAAUUCAAGAUGAAGACUGGAAGAAAAAGUGUCAAGGAUUUCAGGAAAUAAUAGACAAGAAAAAUCAGAUAAUAGAAGAAUUUACUAAAAAACUACCUAGAAAAAUAUUACUAAUUGGUUGCACAGGUAGUGGUAAAUCUACUUUGGCUAAUGUAUUGACUAGUACUAACAAAUUUAAAGAAAGCAACUAUUCUAUUAGCCAAACUAAAACAAUCCAAAGAUGUCAAUUUGUUGAAAAGGAGAUAAUCUAUGAAGUAAUUGAUACUAUUGGCUUAAAUGAUACUAAACUAAGUCGGGAAGAUAUUUUAUAUAAAUUAGCUGAGUUGGCUCGUGAAUUAAAGGAUGGUUUGCAUCAAAUUCUUUUAGUUAAUAAUGGCCGCUUUACUGAGGAAGAAAUCCAAGUUUAUAAAAUACUAGAAACUGUUCUUUUUGAUGAAAAUGUGAAAAACUAUACCACAAUUGUACGAACUAACUUUGAGAAGUUUGAAGAUGAGGAAGAAUGCCAAAACAAUCAAAGAUUAUUAAUUGAAGAAAAAUCUCGAAUAAUGGCCAUAAUUAAAAACUGUAAUUUUUUUAUUCAUUUAGAUAAUCCUUCAAAUGAUAUUAGUAAAAGAAAAAAGUCAAAAGCUAUCCUAUUAAACCAUUUGAAUAAGCAGAUAGGAGUUUACAGGCCAAGUAACUUGGAAAAAUUAAAUGAAAGAAUUAUGGAUUAUAUGAAAAAUGAGAACCGAGAACUAGUUAUUCAGGAAAUGGAUAAGCAUGUUUCGAAAUUUGAAGAUAAAUUAUCUAAUUUAGGACAAAUUGGCUCAUUUAUUUCUGGAUUAGCAGCAGUAGCAGCUAUUAUUGUUCCAUUGGUUUCUUGUAAUAUAAUGUAG